AAACAAAAAGGAAAGAAAAAUGAGCAGCCCAUGAAAGGAAAGGGAAGGGAGUUCAUAGUUCAUUCAUUCAACCAACAAAGAGACAAGAACGCUUCCUCUGAAAAAAUCGAGAGAAAAAGUUGAAGAUGCAGCAGGCGGAGCAAAAUCCACAGCACCAGCAGCUUCAAUUGAUGUUACAGAAUUCUGGAAAUUUUAGUUUCAGUAGCAAAGACGAUGAAGAGAUGUCCAAAUCGGCGCUUUCGGCUUUUAGGGAGAAGGAAGAGGAGAUCGAGCGGAUGAGGACCGAAGUUCAGCAGAAACUUCAAGCUCGACUCGGCCGUGUCGAGGAAGAAAACAGGCGUUUGGCUUCCAUUCGAGAGGAACUUGAAGCAAUAGCGGAUCCAAUGAGGAAAGAAAUCGGACAGAUUCGUAAGAGAAUUGAUGCAGUAAACAAGGAAUUAAAACCACUAGGACAAACAUGCCAAAAAAGGGAGAAAGAAUACAAAGAUGCCCUUGAGGCCUUCAAUGAAAAGAACAGCGAGAAAGUACAAUUAGUAUCAAAACUAAUGGAGAUGGUUGGUGAAAGUGAAAGGCUGAGGCUGAGGAGGUUGGAAGAACUGAGUAAGCAUGUGGACAACACUUCCUAAUUUGAUUCAUCUGUUUGUAGCCCUUUGUGGUAUGUGUUUUACUCUCUGUCUAUGUCUGUAUUAUGGGUGUUUUACUUUAACCACUCUCUUAUAUUUUGAUUUCAUUUUGGUUUAGUUUACUUCACUUGAACCAACAUUCAUAACUUAGGGUAACCACUGUCUUAUAUGUAUGUAUUGCUUUCAACUAAUACAAAGAUAUAUUGUAUUUAAACUUUUCAUCA